UGACAUGUUGUGUUUGGCAGGAAGAUUCGCAACACAAUUUCAUAAUUUAUAUACCUCCAAAUGUAAAUUAUGAAGCUUAUUAUUGUUUCAAUUAUGCGACUUUCGAUGGUAUAAAUGACCAUGGUUCGAAUUUAAGAAAUGGUAUUCUUACUUAUCAAACGUUAGAUAAUACUACAGCAUACUGGGUUGAUCUUGACGUCCGUUCUAGAGUGUCUGUAAAUGCAGAUGGUGAUAACG